AUGUCUGAAAAUGAGGCAUUUGAGAAAGUAUUUGGAAAAGAACAUCAUGGAUAUGUUCGUAGCAUGGGACUUGGAGUUACACCAUCUCAAAUUAAAAGAUCUACGAGAUCAGCGUCUUCUUUUGAAGAAAAUGAAAAAAUAAAGGAAAUGCAAGAAGAAAUUAAUGCACUUAAAGAAAAGAAUUCAAAAAUUGAUGAAUUGAUGGAGGCAUUCUUAAAGCAAAGGGACAAUGCUAGGAAGGAGGAAAUUGAACUCUUAAUGCAAAUGAAAAAUUCUAGUGAAAGACAUGGAUUGGAAUCACCUGCUGAUGGAAGACGUUUUUCUGAGUCUAGCUACCGAAUUGUAGAUAGUGGAUCAAUAAGAAGGACAAAUUAG